AUGAGGGUCCCUCUCCCCUUGGGACCAGCCUCCCUGUUUUUGCGGCGACGAUGGGCUAACAGAAUAACCGCAGUGAGGAUUUUCGCCGCCCCUAACUUUCACCUUUACGGGAAGAGGAAUAUCACGAGUGCACAGAAUCAGCAGAGGACAAACCGGUCGGAGGAGGAACUGGAAAAAACCAUAAAACUGGUGGAUAAAAUUUUAAAGGAAAAUAAUUUCGACGUAUACAUAAAGGGAAUAGUCAAUACGGGGGGGGUCCCCAAAGCAGCGAGCAAAGAGGUAGACGCAUAUAAAUUUCUCCACCUUCUAAACAGGAUUCUCGUUCUGAGCAGAGAGGUCGACGAAUCCUCCGAUGGGAAGACAAACAUAUGGGAAUGCCCCACAUUUUUAAACCUGCUCGGUUACAUCAAGUUAAAAAUUCCGUCGUUUAGCAUCCACGAGAUGUUUAUCUUCGUCUUGUGUUUCUCAAAAAUACAGUUCAUGCCUCAGAUGCUAAUGCAUGAUUUUUUAUUAACUGUACAGGAGAAAUCGUACUUGAAAGGUUUCCUUGAAGCAGACGUGAAUAAAUUUUUCCAGUUUUUUUUUAUAGUUACUAGUAUUAAGAACGUGAGGGUGGGGGACCAAACGGAUUCACUGUUCGCUAGCUUUGCGACUAAUUUUGUGGAAGUCGUUCUAGACUUCCUCGCUGUCCGGGAUGCCACAUCCCCUGGUGAAUCCGUCCAUCUACCCACCGACCAACAGAGCGACAUACCACCUGACCAACAGAGCGAUGUACCAACUGACCUACGGAACGACUUACCCCUGGACUGCUACCACCUCCUAUGUGUCGCUCUCCACAACGCAAACGUGAGGAACGCCUCCCUCAUGCACCGCGUGGCCACAGAAAUUCUUCACCUCCUAAGCACCCACCAAGACCUCGACAAGUACAACCAAAUUGAUUUAGCAAAGAAGCUCAUUAAUAUCUACCUGGCAUAUGUCUCCCUAAAAUGUGAAAACUAUUAUCUCUAUGAAAAACUGAAUACGUAUUUGUACAAUCAUAUUGAGGAGCUACCAUUGCCUAGCUCUUUAACUUUGUUGCUCUGCAUAGCGACCUUAAAGGAACAGAAGUGUUUUAAUUUUCCCCUAUGUAUGCUCUCAUCUUUGGAGAAAAAUUUCUCUGGUAAAUUUUACUCUCUAGAUGCAGGGGAUCUGCUCUUACUGGUAUACUUAUUAACUUAUUUGAAUCUACACAUAGCAAAUACAGAAACAUAUGUGUGCAUGCUGGACCAUCUCUUCAACGUGCAUAAAUUUGAACCGUUGCACGAAGAUGAACGGAUCAAGUUGUUCCAGAUUUAUGUGAGCCUGGUGCAGUCCUUCCCAAAUGCAAUGUCGUGUGAACUGCACUCCGAAAUAACUAGCCAUACAAACGGAGCAAAUCGCAAAUGUGAUAGCGAAGGAGAGGAACACGACUCAGAUCAGCCCACAUGCCGAACCAAGCUGCAAAAUGUCCUACGGAAAAUACAAGCCAAUAUGCAGGUACAGAAUGAACAGAACCCACCAGAGUACGCAGAAGAGUUAAAUGAACAAGUAGAUAACCUGCACGAAAUGUUACAACAAAUAAGUGGAAAUACUUUCUCUAUAACAAAUUUUAGGAAGAACACAGUGGUACUUAGCUAUUACCUUAGUCAUAUUUCCUUUGAUCUUAAAAAAGAGGGAAUUCCAGAAGCGGAGUCUCAGAAAAUUGUUAUCCUUUUUGAUACGGAUAAGACACAUUUGUCUGAUAACUCCUUUGAUAUUUACUGUAACAUGAAGCGGAACCAUCUAGCCAUGUUAAAUAUUAAGUGCUUCCCCAUUAAGCUCCAUCAGUGGAGGGAGCUUUCUCCAGAAGAGCGAAGGCAGUUUCUGACAUUUGAGCUAACACAUAGAUUCUUACCCAGCGUAACUUCUUCCACGUAG